GAGGGGACGGUAAAUAGUGGGCCAGGCAGGAAGAUGGCGGCCGUAGCGGAGCUGUGAGUGGACCGGAGUCCCGUGCUCUCGGGUUUUUCUCUUCCCCGGUCCUGCGCGUUUGCUUCCGUGACCGAGGUCGGCGUUCAAGGGAGGGGGAGCCGAGCUCGGGUUGGCGGCGCCCGGGUCACGGCCGACGGCGGGGAGAGGACAGGCUCGCCUUCGCCGCUCGUCCUGCUUUCCCCGCUCCGCUCGGUGUCAGGCGGCGGCGGCGGCGUCGCGGUGGACGCGCUCGGUGCCUCCUGCCGUUCUGCCCCCGCGCACUACGCACCGGAGCGGGCACUCUUCGCUUUGCCAUCCCCUGACCCUUCACCCCAGGGACCGGGCGCCUCCGCCGGCGCAGCUCACGGAGCGGGGGCCGAUCUCCUGCUCGGCUCUCGCGCCUCCAUGUCGGAUAACCAGAGCUGGAACUCGUCGGGCUCCGAGGAGGACCCGGAGACCGAGUCCGGGCCGCCGGUGGAACGCUGCGGGGUCCUCAGCAAGUGGACAAAUUACAUUCAUGGAUGGCAGGAUCGUUGGGUAGUUUUGAAAAAUAAUACUCUGAGUUACUACAAAUCUGAAGAUGAGACAGAGUACGGCUGCAGGGGAUCCAUCUGUCUUAGCAAGGCUGUGAUCACUCCUCAUGACUUUGAUGAAUGUCGGUUUGAUAUCAGUGUAAAUGACAGUGUUUGGUACCUUCGUGCCCAGGAUCCAGAUCAUAGACAGCAGUGGAUAGAUGCCAUUGAACAGCACAAGACUGAGUCAGGGUAUGGAUCUGAAUCCAGCUUGCGUCGCCAUGGCUCGAUGGUGUCACUGGUGUCUGGAGCUAGUGGCUAUUCUGCUACAUCAACCUCUUCAUUCAAGAAAGGCCACAGUUUACGUGAGAAGUUGGCAGAAAUGGAAACGUUUAGAGACAUCUUAUGUAGACAAGUUGACACUCUCCAGAAGUACUUUGACGCCUGUGCUGAUGCUGUCUCCAAGGAUGAACUUCAGAGAGAUAAAGUGGUAGAAGAUGAUGAAGAUGACUUUCCUACAACACGUUCUGAUGGGGACUUCUUGCACAGUACCAAUGGCAAUAAAGAAAAGAUAUUUCCACAUGUAACACCAAAAGGAAUUAAUGGCAUAGACUUUAAAGGGGAAGCAAUAACUUUUAAAGCAACUACUGCUGGAAUUCUUGCUACACUUUCUCAUUGUAUUGAAUUAAUGGUAAAACGUGAAGACAGCUGGCAAAAGAGACUGGAUAAGGAAAUGGAGAAGAGAAGAAGAAUAGAAGAUGCAUAUAAGAAUGCAGUGUCAGAACUUAAGAAAAAAUCCCACUUUGGAGGACCAGAUUAUGAAGAAGGCCCAAACAGUCUGAUUAAUGAAGAAGAGUUCUUUGAUGCUGUUGAAGCUGCUCUUGACCGACAAGAUAAAAUAGAGGAACAGUCACAGAGUGAAAAAGUCAGGUUACAUUGGCCUACAUCCUUACCAUCUGGAGAUGCCUUUUCUUCUGUGGGGACUCACAGGUUUGUACAAAAGCCCUAUAGUCGCUCUUCCUCCAUGUCUUCCAUUGAUCUAGUCAGUGCCUCUGACGAUGUUCACAGAUUCAGCUCCCAGGUUGAAGAGAUGGUGCAGAACCAUAUGACUUACUCAUUGCAGGAUGUAGGUGGAGAUGCCAACUGGCAACUUGUGGUAGAAGAAGGAGAAAUGAAGGUAUACAGAAGAGAAGUAGAAGAAAAUGGGAUUGUCCUGGAUCCUUUGAAAGCAACCCAUGCAGUUAAAGGUGUCACAGGACAUGAGGUCUGCAAUUACUUCUGGAAUGUCGAUGUUCGCAAUGAUUGGGAAACUACCAUUGAAAACUUUCAUGUGGUGGAAACAUUAGCUGAUAAUGCAAUCAUCAUUUAUCAAACACACAAGAGAGUGUGGCCUGCUUCUCAGCGAGAUGUAUUAUAUCUUUCCGCUAUUCGAAAGAUACCAGCCUUGACAGAAAAUGACCCUGAAACUUGGAUAGUUUGUAAUUUUUCUGUGGAUCAUGACAGUGCUCCUUUGAACAAUCGAUGUGUCCGUGCCAAAAUAAAUAUUGCUAUGAUUUGUCAAACCUUGGUAAGCCCACCUGAGGGAAACCAGGAGAUAAGCAGGGACAACAUUCUAUGCAAGAUUACAUAUGUAGCUAAUGUGAACCCUGGAGGAUGGGCACCAGCCUCAGUGUUGAGGGCAGUGGCAAAGCGAGAAUACCCUAAAUUCCUAAAACGUUUUACUUCUUACGUCCAAGAAAAAACUGCAGGAAAACCAAUUUUGUUUUAAUAUUAAAAGUGUCUGAAGCAAGGCUGUGUGACAUUCCAUGUUGGAGGAGAAAAGAGAAAAGACUCGAGUGCUCUUAGCUGGAACGUAGGAUCCACAGCCUUGUCCAUGGCCCACGACAAAACUGCGCUAGCAAAGCUGAGCAUCUAACCCUGGCCUCUCCUGCUAGAGCUCCUCUCUCGGUUUCUAACUAUAAAUACAUGGAAAUUACAUGUAUAUGCUUAUAUUUUUAUUUGCUUGCUCCCAGAAGAGAAAAAAACCACUUUGAAUCACAGCUAGGAAUUGAUGCUUUUAAUUUGGGGAAACUUUUUCAGAAUUUUUAAUUUACUAUGGUCCAGCCUAAAAUCAUCAGUUGUAUUCAGUUUUGUGCAGGAGAAAAAAGCACAAAGUUGAGUGCACACGGGCUUAUGCUUUCUGUGCACCAGACAUCUACAUGGGUUCUUUGUACAGCUUGUGUUAAUUCUGUGUCCAGAAUUUUUUGACCUUUUUGCUUUGUAUAAUCAUAGAAUUAAUUGCUGCUGAUUUCUAUGACUCACGUUAUCGCGUGUCUCUUAAUAAGUGAGGGCUGCCGAUAACCUGUGAUUUUGCCUUUUCUGUAGUCUUCCUCCCAUGAAGAACCAUGGUUCUGAUGGAGAAAGAGUGAAAAGCUUUCUUUUCUUCCCCAGAUAUCUUUAUAUUUUUAUUGUAUUUCUUAGUUGUAUACUAUGUUUUACAAAAUUUUUUUCCCGUUUACUACAAACACAAUUUGGUAAUUCCUAAAUUGGUACUGUUUUGCGUCCAGACAGAACCAUCUGUACAACUCUUAGGAGUAUAGACUACUUUCUGGUCCACUGGUCAGGAUAAAAUAAGCUCAUAUUUUCCUGAAAUUUGUAAGAUAAUAUGUGGUAUAAUUGUUAAAGCAGAUAAGACUUUGAAUUUGACAUUUGAUUCAGUAUUUCUGAUAUUCAGUAAAAUAUGUUUAAUUUUUCUAGCAUGGGUCAAUUUAAGAGGCAUACAUUGAAAAUCUAAGCAAUGCUCCCAUUUUCAUAUUAAUUAGAAACUUCAGCAGAGCUGUAAAAGAUUCCACGUGAUUCAAACUGAAAUGCUUUCCUUAGUUUCUGUAAGAAAUGAACAUGUAAAAUGUCUUCUUUAGUUGUCCUCGGUUAAAAACUUUGAAGUGUGAGAUUCAGGCAAGGAAUGGUACUCAUUGAAGUUGAAAUGACUGCCCACUUCAAAAUGUUCAUUGUGUUUACACACAGAUGUAUUUAUAUAAAUCAGAGGCAUUUUGUAGAUGCUUUGCUGACAUGUUCAUCUCCUUAGAAAACCCAUUUUGUGUAUUUAUAUAAAUCAGAGGCAUUUUGUAGAUGCUUUGCUGACAUGUUCAUCUCUUUAGAAAACCCAUUUUGUAAAGCAGAAAGUCAUGUCAUGUAAAACAUAUCUUGUAUAUAUUCCAUACAUGGAAAUGGAGUCUAAAUGAUAAAUGCAAGUUGAUAAUUUUAAUGAUGGGAUUGGUCAGAUCACUUAACAUACACAAUCCUGGAAGUGAAUUACUUGCAUCAGAUAUAGUGAUAUUUAUUAUUCUGUACAGAGAGUAAAAUACAUAUAAAACAUAUAGCUUACAUUACAUGCACGCAGUUUCAUGCUCCAUAAAACUUUUCUAUUUUUUAAUUUACUUUUCUCUAAAUGAUGUGCAUGGAAUAUGCCUUAUUACAGAAAAAUACUAUUCAUAAUUUGACUGUGGAAAAGUGCCUAUAUGGUGGUAAUGCUAGAAAGGCAAAUAAGACAAAUUAUCAUACCAGUUUACUACAUCACCAGUUAAUAUUUUAUAAUGUGAUGUUUAAAACAGAAAAGUUUAUACCUCAAAUGUGUAUUUUAUUUUACAAUCAGCUGUGGGGCUGGGUUGGGAGAAUGGGAGGGUACGGGAGGGUUGGUUUGUUCACCAUAGGCGCUGCUGGGAAUCUUCAGAAACAAUUCUCUGCCCACUGUAAAUGUUCUUCUGUUUGCCAUUUCUGGUAACUAUCAUGUACACACACAAGUAACUCUUUCAUAACUAAAUUGGGUAGGUGUGUUUUGCAAGGGUAUGCAAAGUUUACAAAGCAUUAUCUAAACCUAACUAUUAGUUGCAUUUGCACUAAAUGUGAUUAUAUACUUUUGCAAUUUAUUCUGUAAAUAAAAUGAUUACACUAAAAUAUUUGUAUUAAAAAAAGGAAUCCAAGACGAGAUACAUUUUACCUUUUGAUAAUUGCACUGGUACUUCACUGGAGUCAACCCUGCCAACCAUGUGUAGAAGUGAGUUCAAGAAUAUGGAAAGAAUUCACAGAAUGUCUGAGUUUGGAGAGAUACUAGCCUCUUAGACAACAUUCAGGUCCUCAAGAAUUAUUUUCAUUUGGCUAAUUUCUUCAUACUCACUAUUCAUGGUGUUUUCUCAUCCAGUCUUCCCCCAAGCCAAUAAAAGAAAGACAUUACCACUCUA